ACGGAUGAUUCCAUGGGGCGCGCAUGGCAGCAACGGGCGCACGCUGACCGCGGAUUCUCGGCUAGGUAUCCGGCAAGGCGGAUGGAUUCAUGGAUUCAUUAUCCAUGGCGGCGGCGCGACGGAAGGAGGAGUUGUUACCCACGGUCGAUUCGAUCCCCUUCUUUCCUGCCGGCGCAAAAGCAAGAAUUAAUGAAAGGAAUCCGCUGCUCAUCAGCUCCCUUUCCUUCUGUCUUGCCCCACCCAAAACGAAAAAAGAAGAAACGCAGUACACUAGCCGGCCAGGGAUAAUUCUUUGCUUUGCCAACAUCUUGGCUUUCUUUGAUUCUUUCCUGUCCUACGGUUCAAGAAAAAGAAACAAAAGACAACAUCUUGUUGUUGCCUUUGCUGGUUCUACUCCUCUGCUGCAAGCAAAGUAUCAUCUUGGCUUGAGAUCCAUCAGCUAACCACAGACACUUCCGCACCACAUACCAUCUUGCUCCUUUGGCAUUGUUAGGAACCAAACACAUUCUGACCAACCAACCAACCAGAGAGCAAGACACACACAAAAAAGUUGGAGAUGGCGAUGGUGGCGGAUGCCUUUGCGUCCUACGUUGCCGACAUGCUCAAGCAGGCGGUGGAGGACGAGGUGGGGAUACUGCUCGGCGUUGCUGGCGACAUCGACAAGAUGGCCGUCAAGCUUGGGGACCUCAAGAACUUCCUCGCCGACGCCGACCGGAGGAACAUCACUGACCAGAGCGUCAAGGGGUGGGUGGCAGAGCUCAAGCGCGCCAUGUACGACGCCACCGACAUCCUCGACGACUGCCAGCUCAAGGCCAUGGAACGUGGAGAAUCCACUGCGGAUAAAGGGUGCUGCAAUCCCUUCCUCUUCUGCAUAAGGAAUCCCUUCCAUGCUCAUGACAUGGGUACCCGCAUCAAGGCGCUCAAUAAAAGGCUCAACGCUAUCAAACAACGAGGUGAUGCCUUCAGCUUCAUCAAUCUUGGGUUUUACGAGAAUCGUGGCCAGAUCAUGCAUGCCUCUGUCCGAGGACUUUGGAUUUUCACCCGGGAACCUAGAGCGGAGAUGUUAUGAGAGUACCUCGACAAGGCCUAAUGGAAGGGGAGAUGCGUCCAAAGACGUCACGACCAUCGUGGUCGGGCUAGCCAACCAAGGGUCUCCCCUGGUACCAAACCGGCACACCACCGGCACCGUGCUUUCUCCAGAGGCGACGAAUCUGGAGAGGCGAUGAGAACCGCAGCCAGCGGCACAGAGCCAGCCUCGCCGCCUCCAAGGACACAGCCAUCAAGGCCGCCGUCGCCAUGACCGUCGCGGCCAAAGCUGUCCACCGCCAACGUGACCAGAGCAGCCCGCCACCGCUGCCAAGGCCGGCCGCCGCCAUGGACAAGGCAUGGCCUGGCCGUGCGGUCGCUGGGAAAUCAUGCUGAUACGUGGAAAGGACCAGGGCCCAUGCCAGGGCCCACCGCCGCUGCACGGGUCCUGGUCAUCUUUGUUUGCCAAGUGGUUCUGAUCGGUCUCCCUCACCCUGAUCCACAAAAACCGGAAGCCCAACGCACCUCCUUCCUCGCCCUCGCCGGCGGCAGCGGGGCCAUAGCAAUUAGGCGGUUUCUGCAACUUGUCAACAACGGCGAAGGCCGGAUUCUGGCAGCGAUCCUUGUUGCGGUGGCCUGGCUUCCCCUGGCGGCGGCUGGCCCUGGCCGCAUCUUGGCGACGGUGGCAGGUUUCUUGGGCUGUGCAGCGGCGGCAGGCUGCUCUGGCCGCGUGACGGCGGCAGUGUGUCUGGCCACGGCGUGUCCUCCUGACAGCGAUCUGCCUGCCUGCCAGCGUCCUUGGAGGCGGCGAGGCUGGCCCGGUGCGGCUGUGGCGGGUUCGGCCGCUGCUUCCUGCGGCUACGUCUCUCUUCACCCCUGGAUCUAAGUCGGCUCUUCGUCGGCUUUGGAGAAGACGCGGUGCCAGUGGUGCAGGUUUGAUUCCGGGAGAAACCUUUGGUCGGCUUGCCCGACCACGACAACGGUGUCGUCUUGGACGUCUCUCUUCUUCCAUGAGGCGUUGUCGAGGUACUCCCACACCACCCUCGCUCUAGUUCUCGGGUGAAAACCCAAAGUCCUCGGACUGGGCAGUGGCGGCGCUGACAACAUCGCUCUUCCUCUUGGGGGCGCCGUUUGGGGAAUUAUAGAUCUGCGGGUGAAAGGAUCUUGGUCGGUGGCUGGGCACUUGCUCGUCUGGCUCUGGUUUGUGUCGUCGUUGCCAGCGCCAUUCUCUAUCCUGAAGAUGGCUUCGGCGGAAGACGGUGGCGACUGAUUUUGGAGUGUGCGCAUACGGCACACACUGGGAAUUAGUUUGACCAGUUGUGACUUCGUGGCCUCCGGAUUUUGAUAUUGGGCGGUGGUGUGCUGUCAGGGCAUACGGUCCCGAUAAUGGCCACACCUUUCAUCGGGUUAGGAGAUAUAGUUUGGUGGAUUUGGUGUAUCGAUGUAUUCAUUUUGCCAAACUUGUUAAAUAAAUAAUAAAAUGGCUGUGUGCGGAAGCAAA